CUUUAAAAGAAAUGAAGCCUAAAUUAACAUGAGAUGAGGAAGUAUCACCUCUCUAACAGGAAGUACAGAUGCCCUUCAACAAAAUGCUUGUACCAGACGCUUUAUUUAGUCAGAACAAGGACGACGAGGCGUCGAUGAGCAAUGGCUGAACUAAAAUGGAUUAAAGUUAAUUUAUUUCUAAUCCUGGGGCUUCAGUUUAUUGGUAAGAACAUAUAGAAAUAUUUACUGUCUCAGAAAAUAUAGCUGGGUAUCAGAUCUAAUUCUAGAUGCUAAAUUCAGUAAACUGAUGUUAUAUUUACACUUUUAUGUAUUAGAAAUGAGCUGUUUUCUGUUAUUAAACACGAGAAUUGAACAAUGCAUCAGUUGGUUGACCUGAAUCAUCUUGAAAUGUUUAGAUUUAUGCAUUUUAAAAGUAUUUUUCAGCGUCUUUUUUUUUUUUUUAACCCAACAGUGUGUGCAGGUGGAUCAUCUGUUUUCAUAAGAUCUGGGGAUGAUAUGGUUUUGUCUUGCCAACAUGUGAUAAGUGGUCAGAUAAACUGUAAUGGUACCACAUGGCUCUAUAGUACCACCAGAGGCUCAGUAGAACUGGUUACACUGGGAAAGGUUAAAAAUGUUCAGAGUAAAUCUAACAGACUGAGUGUUGCAGCAAACUGUUCUCUGGUAAUGAGGAACAUCACAGUGAAGGAUGCUGGUUAUUAUAAUUGCCAACAAUAUAAAUCUGAAGCUGAACCCAGUAAACACAUUCUGGUUCAUCAUUCUGGAGUUUCUCUGUCUGUUGUUCACAUGAGUGAGCAGAAGGUUACAGAUGUGGUGACAUUAACCUGCUCUGUGGAGACGCUUGAUCAGUGUGAAUACAGAGUGAAAUGGCUGACUGACUGUUGUACUGGGAAUAUCGCUUCGAUCAACUGUACAACCCAACACUCUGGCUGCUCUGCUGCAGUUUGUUUUAUAGAGGAUUCCUACACACAGAGGUGUGAGUUCCAGUGUGAAGUCACAGACAGUGAAACCAAACAGAUCUUCAACUUCAACCAUCAGUCCACAGAAGAUAAAUCAGGUAAAACUUCAUGCAACCCAACAAGAAAACCGUUUGAUACCACAACAUCAGAUCCAGCCACAAAACUUACAAACGUUCUCCUGUCAAAUGAAGCUCCAUCAGGAGCUCCCUACAUUGCUGCUGCUGUGGUCUUAGUCGCACUCUUGACAGUUGCUGGGAUUGUCAUCAGAUGGAGAACUAAACGAAACAUGAAGCAGGUGCAUGUCUAUGCUGAAGUGAAUCCAACUGUUCCAGUAUCUACCACCAACCAGGAAACCAGCAGAGACAACGUGGAGGAUGAAGAUGGUGUCUACUACUCCACCAUCAGUGAAACUCCAGUCAGGUUUAAUGUUGUUGGUGAAAGGGACGACAUGACCUACAGCACUGUGGGAGCUCCAGGCCCGCCUGCUGCAGCGUUUACUGAUCCCAACGGCCUCUACUCUCUCCUCACCGCUCCAGGCAAAUAGGUUGGAAUGAGACUUUAAUAAAACUUUUCUGUUAAAUUGGUAUCAUGUAAGUUCCAGAUGUUGGUGGUUCUGAGUGACUCUUGUAUCUCUCUUUGUUUUAAAACGAAUUGGAAAAUUUUGUCGGACAUUUGCUUUUAUCAGUUUCCUGUAUUUUUUCCCCUCCCAUCCAGGGGGUCUUUUGUGGGUUCUAGUGUCCCUUAUAUGAAAGUAAGCUGACAGGAACGGGGGAUGAAGAGAGGAGAAGACAUUUUAGUUUCAUCUCAAAUGGGUUUUUCUUCAGUUGCAGAAUGAUGAUGAUUUUUAUGAACUGUGAAAAGACUGGAGACUGUUUUGGUUUCUGUCUAAAUCCUGUGAUCAACAACAUCAAAUCCACAAUAAAGUUCCCAAAAUCCCAAACUGCACUUUGCAUCAAAUCUUCAUUUUAUUUUGUAAUUUAUUUUUGUAUUUAUUUGUUUAUUUUACACAUUUUUUUUCCUUCUAUAACAUUAUAUUCAUUAAUAUUAGUUACAUUAGACCCACCUGCCUUAACUGUAACACCUCCACCACCAAAUGCUGGUCUGGUAACAGCAUGACGCUCGCAUUGACGACUCUAACAUUAUUGAAGAUCAUUAUUUCUGAUCAAUGUGAAUCGACUUUCAUCAGAGAAAAGCACUGAGGCUGGCCGGUCCCUUUUCUGGCAUGAAUGUUCCCAGGUUGUGGAAGACGAUGGCGCCUGUUCAUGGCGGUGAGGUCAGGUAUCCAUGCAGGUUGUCUAGGACACCAAUGAUGAUGUAAACAGUUUCAAAUGUUCUGGUUUGACACUUGGGUCCCUCUUACCUUCAUUAAAUGGGCCAGACGUUGAGUUGAAUUCACCUUCUGGUUCUAUCAGGUUCUGUUCGCAACAAAGCUGUCAUCAGUGUGCGAUGUGUCCACUUCUCUUUCUGUGGCUCUUCUAGUCUCUCUGUAUCUAUGUUAUAAUCUGCUGUUGACGCUGUAAGCUCAGCUUCCGUCUGAGAACUUCCUGUUUGUUGCCAUCCAGUGACGAGGUCCUGAUGAUUUCGCUUUAUGACGGUGAGAAACGCCUCUGUUUCUGUUGUGCUUCAUAGUUGAACACAAUGUUCACAAAUAGGCAUUAAGAUGCAUUUUAGCAUGUUUAGAUCUUAUUAGCAAAGUCAAAUAUGCCUAUAGUUAAUUAAGAUUAAUCACUAAAGUAAGAAGCAACUUAAAAUAUACAUUUUGUGUGUUAUUUCCUAACAUAAUGAGGAUGUGAGAAAGUAACACCUCUUUUAUCACGGAAGUACAGAUGACCUUCAAUAGCUGCCAGUGUCGGUUUAGUUCAUUAGAACAAGAAAGACGGAAGCAUCAAGGAGCAAUGGCUGAACUAAAAUGGAUUAAAGUUCAUUUAUUUCUGUUCCUGGGGCUUCAGUUUACUGUGUGCACAAUAACUGGAUCAUCUGUUUUCAUAAGAUCUGGGGAUGAUACGGUUUUGUCUUGCCAACAUGUGAUAAGUGGUCAGAUAAACUGUAAUGGUACCACAUGGGUCAAUA